GUGCUGUCGGUGGCGGCAGCCGGCUCCGGUUGUGACAAGCCCCGUGUGGGCGUCCCGGGCUCUCCCCGCUCAUAGGGACCGGCCCGGCGCCGUGGGAGCACAGGUUCCCAGGACUCCUAGGAUGAGGCUGCUGUGAAGGACUGGUGGAUCCCCUGCCUGUGCUGUGGUGCCUGCAUAUUCCCUGUGAUCUCCUUUCCAGCUGGAGCACCGUUGCCAAGGCUGCUGGGAAGAAUGACUGUUGGAUGCCUACUGCAAGCCCCUGUCCUGGGGAGGACUUGGCUCCCUGUGCUGCUGCUGGCAGCCUCUGCUCACUGCCACUGGCCCAGCGAGCCGGCAGAAGUGGUUCGGGACUGGGAGAACCAGCUGGAGGCCUCCAUGCACUCGGCGCUGUCGGAGCUGCGGGAGGCUGUGCCGGCUGUGGUGGGGAUACCCGACAGCUCUGCCGUGGUGGGACGCUACUUCAGAGUCUCCAUCCCCACGGAUUUAAUUGCUUCCAAUGGAGAAGUUGUCCAGAUCUCCGAAGCUGGGAAGGACUCCUUACCUUCUUGGUUGCACUGGAAUGCAGAGAGCAGCUCCCUGGAAGGGCUGCCCCUUGACACAGACAAGGGUGUCCACUACAUCUCGGUGACCACUCUGCAGCCCUUCCCAAAUGGGAGCUAUGUCCCACAGACCACAAAUGUCUUCUCCGUUGAAGUCCACCAAGAGGACCACAACGAGCCUCAGUCGGUGCGAGUGGCCGUCCAAGACACGAGUGACACAGCGCCCUUCGUGUGUGGCUCGGAAGAGCCAGUCACUAUCCUGACUGUCAUUUUGGAUGCUGACUUAACAAAAAUGACACCAAAGCAGAGGAUUGAACUCUUAAACAGAAUGAGAAGCUUUUCAGAGGUGGAACUUCACAACAUGAAGUUGGUUCCUGUUGUAAAUAACAGACUCUUUGACAUGUCGGCCUUCAUGGCUGGACCAGGAAAUGCAAAGAAGGUGGUGGAAAAUGGGGCCUUACUCUCAUGGAAAUUGGGAUGUUCCCUGAGCCAAAACAGUGUCCCCAACAUCAGCAAGGUGGAGGCCCCAGCUAAGGAAGGAACCAUGUCUGCCCGCCUUGGCUACCCGGUUGUUGGCUGGCACAUUGCUAACAAGAAACCUCACCUCCCAAAGAGGAUGCGGCGGCAGAUCAACGCCACCCCUACGCCUUUGACUGCCAUUGGGCCGCCCACCACUGCUGCACAAGAGCCACCCACCAGGAUUGUCCCCACCCCAACAUCGCCCGCCAUCGCGCCUCCCACAGAGACAACGGCACCCCCUGUCCGGGAGCCCAUUCCAUUGCCGAGGAAGCCAACAGUCACUAUCAGAACCAGAGGCCCCAUUGUCCAGACGCCCACCCUGGGGCCAAUCCAGCCAACCAGGGUAACGGAAGGCACGGGCACGGCCUCCGUGCCGAUUCGCCCCACGAUGCCUGGGUACAUAGAGCCCACGGCAGUGAUCACACCGCCCUCAACUACCACCAAGAAACCGAGAGUCUCCACCCUGAAGCCAGCCACACCGUCCACGACAGAUUCCUCCACAGCAAUAACACGAAGGCCUACUCGAAGGCCCAAAACGCCGCGUCCAACAAAGCCUCCCAGCUCAACCAGAUCACCCAUCUCCAAGCUGACAACGGCAUCUCCGCCGUCCCGCGUGCGCACCACGGCCAGCGGGCUGCCCCGGCCCUGGGAGCCCAACGAGCCACCCAAGCUGACGAACCACAUCGACAGGGUCGAUGCGUGGGAGGGCACAUACUUCGAGGUUAAGAUACCAUCAGACACCUUCUACGACAAGGAAGACACCACCACGGACAAGCUGCAGCUGACCUUGAAGCUGAAGGAGCAGCAGAUGAUCGAGGAGAAUUCAUGGGUGCAGUUCAACAGCACCAGCCAGCUCAUGUAUGGCAUGCCUGACCACAACCACAUUGGGAAGCACGAGUAUUUCAUGUAUGCCACUGACAAGGGCGGGCUUUUUGCUGUGGAUGCUUUUGAAAUCCAUGUCCACAAACGCCCACAUGGGGACAAGUCUCCGGUGAAGUUCAAGGCCAGGCUGGAAGGGGACCAUAAUGCAGUGGUGAAUGACAUCCAUAAGAAGAUCAUGCUGGUGAAGAAGCUGGCUCUGGCAUUUGGCGACAGGAACAGCAGCACAAUCACGGUGCAGGACAUUGCUAAAGGCUCCAUCGUAGUGGAGUGGACCAACAACACACUGCCACUGGAGCCUUGUCCUCGGGAGCAGAUCCGGACUUUGAGCAAAAAAAUUGCUGAUGACUCUGGCAGGCCGAGCCCAGCUUUCUCCAAUGUCCUGCAGCCCGAGUUCAAGCCUUUGAAUGUGUCUGUGGUUGGUUCUGGCAGCUGCAGGCACAUCCAGUUUGUCCCCGUGACCAAGGAUGGCAGGGUGAUCUCAGAGGCAACGCCAACGGUGGCAGCAGGCAAAGACCCCGAGAAGAGCAGCGAGGACGAUGUGUACCUGCACACUGUCAUCCCUGCCGUGGUGGUGGCCGCCAUCCUCCUCGUGGCUGGCAUCAUCGCCAUGAUCUGCUACCGCAAGAAGAGGAAAGGCAAGCUGACCAUCGAAGACCAGGCCACCUUCAUAAAGAAAGGCGUGCCCAUCAUCUUCGCCGACGAGCUGGACGACUCCAAGCCCCCACCAUCCUCCAGCAUGCCCCUCAUCCUCCAGGAGGAGAAAGCCCCACUGCCCCCUCCAGAGUACCCCAACCAGAGCAUGCCGGAGACCACGCCGCUCAACCAGGACACCAUCGGGGAGUACACUCCACUGCGGGACGAGGACCCCAACGCGCCGCCCUACCAGCCUCCCCCCCCCUUCACUGCACCCAUGGAGGGGAAAGGCUCCCGCCCGAAGAACAUGACCCCGUACAGGUCCCCACCGCCCUACGUCCCCCCUUAACAAACAGGAGGCUCUCGGGGGAGAAGGGGCCUCCAGCUCCACACCGGUGCUGUCUGUGGGCCGGCAGCCCCCUCGCCAGCCGGGAACACGAAAGCCCAGCCCGCUCCCCAGCAGGCUCUCCCCGGCUGCGCCCACCGCACCGGAGCGCUCGCGGGACUCGGGGGGACACUUGUUUUAUUUUUGCCUAACAAGCUUUGGUUUUAUUUUAUUCAUAGAAAAGAAUUCUCGGCUCAAAGACGCCUUCCCGGCGGCUGGGCUUGGGCAGGGAGGGGGGUCGGGCCGGGUCGGGAGGAGCAGGCAGCACUGGGGUAGCACUCUGGGUCUCCGCUGUUUGCCUUUAACACUAACUGUACUGUUUUUUCUAUUCACGUGUGUCUAGCUACAGGACGUAACAUGAAAGGUAGCCUAAAAAUAAUUAAAUUCAAGGGACUUUCUGAA